AUGAAAUUCACCAUCAUUGCCCUCUGCUUCGCCCUCAGUCUGGCUGGCAUGACCAGCUCAGAAAAACUUUUAGACCAAAUCCCAGUGAUCCCCCUGGAGAACCCAUCCCGAUUGGUUCCAUCGUUAUGCCUGCUCUCACCUCAGAGAGGCAACUGCAAUUCUCAGAUUCGUCGAUACUUCCACAAUGCAACCUCUCGCACCUGUGAGGCCUUCAUCUACAGCGGCUGUAAUGGCAACGGGAACAACUUUGACUCAGUAGAAUGCUGUUUGAAGACCUGCAGACUCAACUGUAUCCCCAAUUAUUGCAAGUUGCCUUUGAGUAUGGGUCAGUGCAAAGACAAGCCCCAAGAGGCAGAAAUCCAAUCCUUCUACAAUUCAACCGCAGGAUUUUGUGAGGCCUUCACCUAUGGGGGCUGCCAAGGCAACAGAAACAAUUUUGUCACAUUGGAGAGGUGUGAGAAUGGCUGCAAAGGGUCCACCCUAUAUACGGUAUUUAACAAAAACUUAUUGAUGACUGACACCUGGGUGAGGAUCUUCCCUCUCUCUUCAACACCUCUCUUCUCCUCAGGUGCCUAUGAUUGGUGCCGACUAGCCCCUGAAACAGGCCCCUGCAAAGCUAAGAAUCAACUAUUUCUACAACCCAAAACUGGGCCAGUGCCAAACUUUUACCUAUGGUGGCUGUAAUGGCAAUAGAAACAACUUUGAGAAUAAAAGCUCCUGCUUGAAAGCCUGCAAAUACCAGAGUAAGUGCAAAUGGUGCUGGGGAUAACGAUGAGGGUGCUGGUGCUGGUGAAUGGUGAUGGCGAUGGUGAUGGUGAUGGUCCCAUUCAUGAUCUUGCUAAGACACUUGCAGGAAGGAGCCUUGCAAAUGCUUUGACUACAGCUCCCACUCCUUCACUGAGCCAAUGGGGACUUAAGACACGCUGGGUGAUGUGACAGCUAAGAGACUGACUAGGGAAAUUUAGCAGUCCCCUCCC